AUGUCUUUAUCCAUAUCUCAACUGGAUAAAUCAGCUAGUAAAAGCAAUACUGGAUUGCCAUUAAAACCAAUACAACCAACACAGUAUUGGACGUUUGACAAUGCAUUGUCAUUAUUAAGAAAUUGUCAAGACCCCUACUUGGCAGAUGCAUUGGAUGAGUUUUUGUUAUCCAGUAAAGAAGUCUUAUUGAAUCCGUCCCCUUUUACAUUGAAAAAUGACAAACAGAGCCCAAAUCUGCAAACCAGGGACAUCUCAUUGAGAGGCAUCUUGUACACAAAUAUAUCAGCACAAGAUACAAGUGAUGGGAAACUUUUAUCCAAUCUCUUAAAUUUAGAUGUUUUGGAAACAAUUAGAGUAAUAUGCCAGACUAACAAGAAGAUUCCUUGUAAAACUGCUCCUCCACAGUUGGAAGCAAUCAAAAGUAAAUUGCAUGAUGAAAAAUAUUACGAAAACAAACGAUUACAAUUGUAUUCCUCCAAGAUAUUAAGAGAGAGAAGAAUAAUUUUAAAGAUUGUCACUGAACUAUUAAAUAACAAAAGUAACUCAUAUGCAUCGUCUUCUAUCCAGAAUUUGGGUAAGGAGAUAUUUUUGUCAAAGCAGUAUCUUGAAUCCUUGAUUGAAUCUAUUGGUAACGCAUCACAAAGUUUAAUGAAAAGAAGUUAUAUUACAGGAAUCAACAAAGAAAUCGAUGAAACUAUCCAUAAUGAGACGGUUUUAUUUUGUAUCGAAGCAUGCAAGGUGUUAAUUGAAUUAUCAGUUCAAAAUGCAAAUGUUGAUGCACAAGCAGUUCAUCUGUGGUUCAAAUUGAUGAGAGAUACCAACUAUUCCGUUGCUUUGGGACCAUACGUGUCAUAUCACGAAGCAUUUUCAAUACUCCAGGGAUUAUUUACUGUUUUGACUAUACAGUAUUUGAACUUGAACAAUAGUUUUGAUUCCGUCAAUGAAACUCUGUCCAGCUCAUAUAUGGCAGAUGUACAGGUAUUUAAAUACGUGAACGAUGCUAUUGCAAACACAGCAAACAAUAAUUCUGUUGUAUUAUACAGUUGGUCUAUUAUUUUAUUAAGAAAAUUCUAUUUUUUGCAGGAAUAUCCCGAAUUACCCAACUCAGAAAAGUUUUUAAGUCAAUUCAAUUUGUCACAGUUGGAACACACAAUAAAUUUGGUUAAUCAAAAGUGUGAUAAUUUGGAUGUGUUUUCAAGUUUAAAAAAGUUAAACGAGUUAUUAAAAUUUGACAAACUUUACUCGGCCAUAUUAUCCACUUUGAUAAUUGCUUCAUUACCUUUGAUUACCCUCACUUCAGAAGUUACAAGUUGUAUUCUAAGUAUUAUUGGUAAUUGUCCUAAUAAUGUUAUUGAAUCGUUUUUCGAAAAUAAUGCAACACAGAAUGCUAUAAUUAUUGCAAGGACAAAGUUCCCGUUGAUUUUAAGUCCAUACAUUCAGGUAGCUUCUAUCAACGGAAAUUUCGCAUUACACGAGUUUAAUGACUUGAAAUCUUACAUUCAAGUUUUCAAAAAAGAGGAAUUCAACAACAUGUACCAGAUAGAUGAUCAAAAUACAGAAUUGGUUAAAACUACCAAAUUCAUCGACGUAUAUCCACCUUUUGAAGCAAAUAAAAAGUUAUCAAUGGUUUUGAGUCUAGGAACAAAAGCAAAGAUUUUACCUUCAGCGAACCCAGAUGAAGUAUUGGUCACAUUCCUUUACAAUUAUAAUGGUUGGGCAUUUUUGGGAAGAGUUUUGCAAAAUGUAUCAAAAAUUUUCAAUAACUCAGACUCUGAGACAAUGGAAUUGGUUAUAAAUAUACUAAAUUUAUUGAAUAAUGUGGUCAUUGAUAAUGGUGUUGAUGAUUCUAAAAUGGUUUUAGAAGCCAUGUCUGCUUAUACAGACGAUUCUGAUAUUUUGGAAGUCAUUUUAAGACUUUUGGAGCAAGGGUUACAUUUAAGAAAUGUCAAGCUCUUGGUUUCCGUUGUCAACUUAUUGACAAACUUGAUGCCAUUUCUUUCUUACAGAAUAUGGCCCUACUUGUCCAAAUCUGCUUUGUUUGCACAGAAUGGCAAAGAAGGAUUGGCCGCUGUAAUAUUUGGAUCUAUAGAAAUGGUAAAUGGUGAUUAUAAUUUCACAGUUUCAUUGAUAAAACUUGCUGAGGCAUUGAUCCAAAAUUGCUUAUCUUUAGACCAAGAUUAUCCUGAAAAAUCCAAAUCCGUGAUUAUGCUUAGAUUUGUUGGUCAUUUGGUAGACUUAUUUGAGACAUUUUUAUACUGCCGCUAUAACGAACAGUGUCAAAAAUUAGAAAUUGGUGUUUUGUUAUUAGAUACAUUUUCUACAAUCUUGGCUAGUGUUUACGGUAUUGAUGAGGGAGUGCCCGCCAAUACCAAGGUGACAAAAGUAUUUGCCGAUGCUGCUAGUCGUAUUUUGGACUCAUUUUUAAUAUCUGAUGAGGAUAGUCCAAGGGCAGCAAGACUGAUAAUUACAAUGAUUGAGAAUUUGUCACAAGACUUGGAUUUAUACGAAUUGACGGAUUCAUCUUCAUUCUGGUAUGAUAAUUGGAUACAUUGUGCGUUGUCUUUUUCUAGAUUGAUCAUUACCAUUAGAACUUCAGAACAUUUGAAGCCGCUGGCUUUUGAGAAAAGCUUGUUUACUAAAACUUCAGAUUUGGUCUUGUCUUAUUCCAGGUUUGAAUCUGUGCGAAAAGAUAUAUUAGAUUUGUUGACGGCCUUGACUAGUGGAGAUUGGCCAGAUGGAACAGCUCCAUCUUUACUUUCCCACUUGGGGAGUGAAAAUGCACAAGUAUUGUUGCAUUCAUUGGCUGCAGAUUUAGAUAAUUUGUUUGAUGAUUAUAAAAUGAAGAUUUCCUUGUAUGACUUUAUUUGUGCUGUUAUGGAAGGCAAACAAGAAGGUUUAGCUGUAUUGUUCAUUACUGGAAGAGAUGUUUUUGGUGAUUACACCAGUAAGGAUGAUACCGAAGCCACCAAAAAAUUGUCAUUAUUGCAAAUAUUGAAGAAAAACAUAAGAGAUAUGAGAUACUAUCCAAAUUCGGUUAGUAUUCAUUUGGUAGAUGCUAUAGCUUUAGCAUGCAAUUCUUGGACCACAGCUAAAGAAAGUGAACAUGAUGAUGAAUUUAUCCAAACAUUGAUUGGGCGUGUUAAAUUACAAAUUUUGGAUCCACCAGAUUCUUCUGAAAGCUUUAUAAGCAGAUGCUAUGAAUUGAAAUUGGUUUCCAAGAUUGCAGAAAUCUUGGCUCUUUAUCUUUUCACUGCUAGGAGUGAGAAAACUAGAGAUAAAAUAGUUGGUUUCGUCAAUUCUGAUGAAUUCAACGACUUGGCAAAGACAAAGUUCACAAUAACAAACUACCAACCAUCAUUGGACUCUAAUUUGAAGAUUACUUUUGAGAAUGCAUUUCCAAAAUUCAAACUAUCGCAGUUUACAAGCGGAUUGACUAAAAGGAAUCGUUUUGGAAUUACAUCAGUCUACAAUUUACCUUUGAUGGACUCUCUUUUCAAAAAUGAACUAGAUUGGCAACAGAUAAGAGAACAGGUUAUUGCAUCUAGUAUUAAUUUACAAUAUUUGAAUUCCCAACUAGCAAGUGCUAAAUCAUUUGGUGCCUUGAUUACAAGUUUUUGCAGAAAAUACGACGCUCCGUUACAUUCGAGAGUUUUAGAUUUUGUCAACUACUUGUUGAAAGUUAACAUCAAUGAAGGUGUACCUACUGAAAGUUUCCAAUCAAUUUAUACUGAAAGGGUUGAGUUGGCUUUUUAUUUGAUCUACACGUAUUUCUCUCGAACCAAAUCGCUGGAUAUUGAUGACAAAAAGAUACUUGAAAUUGUGAAGAACGCUUCUACUUUGUUGUCAUCAAGUAGUAUGAAUUUUUUUACCAACUUGGCCGAAUCUCGUGGGUGUUAUAAACCAUUAUUAAAACUCAUUUAUUGCUCCCUAAAAUUGAUUAGAGAUGCUUCUUUGGUAUUGGCUGAAUACCUUAGUUUAUUCCGUGAUUUAUUCAAUGCAAUUGUUAUUAAGGGUACUCAAAUCUUAUUGAUUGAAGUACAGAACGAUGUUUACCUCGCACGUACUCGAAAGAAUUUCAAGUCUCCCAAGAUGAAUGAUCGAAUUGAUGAUCUAAUGAUAAUUUUGUCCGUAUUAAAAGUUUUUGUCGGUGCGCAAUUUGGAUCAAUCUUGCAUGAGGAAAUCGCAUUAUCGAUAAAGGAAAAUGGAACCAUCAACUCAUUGUUAAAUCUUUACUCCUUUGCCCAUUCCAUUGAAGUAAACGAUGAGUUUAUAUUUGCUAGAUUGAGUUUGAUGUAUCUUUUGGAAUUGAUGUCAGUUAACAUUAUUGCGGAAAAAGUUAUUGCUUCAGGAUUAUUUCUUGUCUUGUUAGAAAGUCCUAUAUCACGUCCUAUUAGAACAGGAGGUGUAUCAAUCAGUCAUGGCAUACAUUACCAUAGGUUGUGGACAAAUGGAAUCUUGCCUAUAAUCAUAACCAGUUUGUUCAAAUUAGGAGCAUCUGUUGUUCCAGAAGUAUGUGUGGUGUUGCAAUUAUUUGGUAAACAAACACAAUAUUGUAUAGAGAGUUGGUCAAGGGAUUCUUCAAGCAGUAAAGUUUCUACUGCAUUGGUAGCUGAGACUAGUCAGAUUUUGUUGAUUUAUGAUUUAUUGAAAUCUAUGGAUGUUAAUGAAUAUUUGAAAAGCAUUGAAAAUGUUGUGAUAGACGAUACCAUUGACAUGAGAAUUUUUCCAGGAUUAGAAUCGGAAUCCAGAAGAGAGGAUUUUGUUGAUUGUAUUGAGAAUUUACUAAAACACCCUAAAUUCUUAAGUUCGAGAAUAAUACCAAGUUCGGUUGAAGAACAACAAAUUAUUGAAAGAGGUGGUAAAGUCUUUGAAAAGUUUGUACACAGUUUGAUUGAUGAGAUAAGAGACUUUAAAGAUUAUUUUAAUUAG